GUCAAACGUGCAAAAAUUGUAAACAAACAUCUUCACUGCUCCAGUGCGCGUCGUUUGCGUUUUGCCCGUGUAAAAUAGGGAAUUAAUUAGAAAAAUCCUCCAAAAAUGCUGCACCUACAAGGCUACGGCAGUAGCGCAAGUGAUUCGGAACCCGAAGAUGGCAAGAGCAAAGAGGAAAACCCGCAAACAGAGCCAGCAAGUUCGGCCGAUGCGACAGCCCAUCUGAAGCCCGUCGACAGCAAGUAUUCAGUGGUAAAAUCGUUGGAAAUAUGUGCUGCUCCGCUAGUUGUCCCGAUGGGUCAGUCGGAAGUGUCCCGCGCCCUCGCACCGACCAUAAACGAGGUCAACUACAAUCCGCGCUACGAGGAGCUGUUCGCUCCGGUGGCUGGGCCCGAGAAUCCGUUCCUGACGCAGCAAAUGAAGGCACAGAAAAACAUGCUCACGGGCUUCGUGGAAAAUGCACACAUCAGCGACUUUCAGUUUGAAAAUCAGCGCAAAACGUUCCACAGCUAUGGGUACGCGAUGGAUCCGUCGGUGGACGGGAAGGGAACGGCGCCGGAGGAAGGACCGAGCUACGUGGGCCAUCUGCAGGCCGCUUACGAUACGGACGGUGCGACCGUGUUCGAAUCGGCCAAGGCGAAGGCAAACGCGGGUGAGAAGCGAAAGCGCGUCAAGAACGACGAUCCGGAGGAUGUGGAAGGAUUCCUGGGACCGUGGGGCAAGUACGAGGACGAGGAAACGGUGGCCCGGCCGAGCGAGAAGGAGCGGGCCGAAAUCGAGGAAAUGAUGGCAAAGAAGCAUCGCCGCCACAAGGUGAAGGAAGACAAACCGAUCGAGGAGAAAUCGAUUCUGCACAUCAAAGAUGCUUUCGAUUAUCAAGGACGUUCGUUUCUGCACCCACCGCACGAUGUCGGAGUUAAUCUGCGCAAAGCGGGUGCUCCGGAUCGUUGUUUCCUGCCGAAGGCACACAUUCACACCUGGACCGGCCAUACGAAGGGCAUAUCGGCGAUCCGCUGGUUUCCUGUUUCCGCUCAUUUGCUGCUCUCUUGCAGCAUGGAUGCACGCGUGAAGCUGUGGGAGGUGUACAACGAGCGGCGCUGCGUCCGUACGUACUCCGGCCAUCGGCAGGCGGUGCGGGAUGUCAGCUUCAACAACAAGGGCGAACGGUUCAUCUCGGCCGGGUACGACCGGUACCUGAAACUGUGGGACACGGAAACGGGUGACGUCAUAUCGCGGUUCAACUCGCGCAAAAUUCCGUUCUGCGUUAAGUUCCAUCCUGACUUUAACAAGCAGCAUUUGUUUGUGGCCGGCACUUCGGACAAGAAGAUUAUCUGUUGGGACACCCGUACCGGUGAGGUGGUGCAGGAGUACGAUCGCCAUCUCGGUGCGGUCAACACGAUCACGUUCGUGGACGAAAAUCGACGCUUCGUGACAACGUCGGAUGACAAGAGCUUGCGCGUGUGGGAGUGGGACAUUCCGGUGGACAUGAAGUACAUCGCCGAUCCGACGAUGCAUUCGAUGCCGGCGGUAACGCUCGCACCGAACGGCAAGUGGCUGGCGUGCCAGAGCCUCGACAACAAGAUCGUCAUCUUUUCCGCGAUCAAUCGGUUCAAGAUGAAUCGCAAGAAAACGUUCACCGGCCACAUGGUGUCGGGGUACGCGUGCAAUCUGGACUUUUCGCCCGACAUGAGCUACCUGGUGUCGGGCGAUGGCGACGGCAAGUGCUACAUAUGGGACUGGAAGACGACCAAGCUGUACAAGAAGUGGCAGGCGCACGAUAACGUGUGCAUAGCAACGCUGUGGCAUCCGCACGAGGCAAGCAAGCUGGUGACGGCCGGCUGGGAUGGAGUAAUAAAGUACUGGGAUUGAACGCGUUUGCUCGGCGGGGUAUGGCGAGUGAAGAGAA